AUGACCAGGAUCCGGCGCUCCGCGUGCCUGCUGGCUCUGCUCACGCUGCUGAGCAUGGGCAUCCAGCCCCAGCCGGCAGCCCCCGAGGCCACCUGUCACCAAGUCCGUCCCUUCUUCCAGAGGCUGCAGCCGGGGCUCAAAUGGGUGCCCGACGCCCCCUUGGCAGGUUCCGAUCUGCAAGUUUGUGUUUCCAAGGGUCCAACAUGUUGUUCACGAAAGAUGGAAGAGAAGUACCAAAUGUUGGCGCGCUUGAACCUGGAGCAGCUUCUUCAGUCUGCAAGUGUGGAGCUCAAGUUUGUGAUUAUUCAGAAUGCUGCAGUGUUCCAAGAAGCCUUUGAGAUUGUCAUCCGGCAUGCCAAGAAUUAUACCAACACCAUGUUUAGAAACCAGUACUCCAGCAUGGCCCCCCAAGCUUUCAAAUUUGUGGGUGAAUUUUUCACAGAUGUCUCCCUCUACAUACUUGGCUCUGACAUCCAUGUCAAUGAUAUGGUCCAUGAGUUCUUUGACAGUUUGUUUCCUGUGAUCUACUCACAUCUGAUUAACCCUGGUUUCCCAGAGGUCUCCUUGGAAAUGGCUGAGUGCCUCCGUGGGGCAAGGCGGGACCUCCAAGUCUUUGGCCACUAUCCGAAGAUCAUCAUGACCCAGGUGUCCAAGUCACUGCAGACAACUCGAGUCUUUCUCCAGGCCCUGAAUCUGGGAAUUGAAGUGAUCAACACAACUGACCACUUAAAAUUCAGCAAGGACUGUGGCCGGAUGCUCCUAAAAAUGUGGUACUGUUCUUACUGUCAGGGACUGACGAUGGCCAAGCCUUGUGCGGGCCACUGCAGUGCAGUAAUGCAAGGAUGCCUGGCUAGUGUUGUCGAGAUAGACAAAUAUUGGAGAGAAUACAUCAGCUCUCUGGAGGAGCUUGUUAAAGGGAUGCAUAGGAUCUAUGACAUGGAACACGUCCUACUUAGUCUCUUUACCCUGAUCCGAGACUCUGUGCUGUAUGUCCAGAAGAAUGGAGGAAAGCUCACCACCACAAUUAGCAAGCUCUGUGCCCAUUCUCAGCAGCGGCAAUAUAGAUCAGCUUAUUAUCCUGAAGAUCUGUUUAUUGACAAGAGAGUAUUAAAAGUUGCUCAUGUAGAACAUGAAGAAACCUUAUCCAGCAGGAGGAGGGAACUAAUUGCAAAGUUGAGAUCACAAAGUGACUUUUACAGUGCUUUACCUGGCUAUGUCUGCAGGCACAGUCCAGUGAUUGAAAAUGAUACUUUUUGCUGGAAUGGACAAGAAAUUGUAGAAAGGUACAGCCAGAAGGUGGCCAAGAAUGUAUCCAAAGGUCUGACCAGCACCCAUGACAUGAAAACAAAAGGUCCUGAGCCAAUAAUAAGUCAAAUUAUCGACAAACUGAAACACAUUAACCAGAUCCUAAAAAGCAUGGCAAUAUUGAGACGGGCCUCAGAUAAGAAUCGUGAGGAAGAAGUUGAAAGUGGCGACUGUGAUGAUGAAGAUGACUGUGGCCGAGGCUCUGGUGAUGAAGGAUUAAGAAUGAAGAAUCAGCUCCGCUUCUUAGCAGAACUGGCAUAUGACCUGGAAGUGGAUGAAGCCCCUUUGAAUAAGCAGCUUCUGAACCAGCAAAGCAAAGAAGGCAAUAGUGUGAAAAGCCUUGGGUCGGGCAAUUCCUUGCUGGGGCUUCUGGCUGGUGUCCUGCUUUAGUGCUUCUUUGUGUUGGCCCACUGACUUAACAGUGCAACUGCCCACCUUCCUGGUACCCUUCUCUUUGUGAUGCCCCUUUGCAAAGGCAGUCUCCUCGGGAGCUAUCUCUUCUGCCCUGUUCGAUUUUGUCCUGUCUUGUCUGUCUGUCAUCUGUCUCUUUCCCAAACAGUCAGUGGGAGAGAGACGACGUGUUAUGUUUUGUAAAAUAAAAUGGUAUCUU